AUGAUAGAAGUCAAAUUGCUGAUAGACAUCGAGGGCAUGCUAAACACAUGCAAAGAAAUCAAAGGCAUGCAGGACAUGAGAGCAGCUGUUGAAAACGAGAAUAGCGUAGGCAAACUGGCUGUUCUCAAGCGCAUACUCAAAAACAAUCUGAAAAUAGAAAACAGCCCGUAUACUGCUGACGACAACCAAUACAUCUUAGACAUAGUUGAAAAUGACUUCUACCAGUAUGCUCUGCACAUUGGGCAUGAGGGAACUGCAGUUGUAAGCGAACUAAAUAGGGCAAUAAAGAAAGGAGAAGACGCGCCAAUUAUGUCCAGCUUUAUCUCUCUGGCUAGUGAGAUCAUCGCACCCAAUCCCUUCAUAUACAACCCAGAGCACGGCAUACACAGAAAGGAUAGAAAAAUAGAAAAAAUAAAAGCAGAUGACGGCAGGGCUAAGCUAGGCAGCAGAACAUACACACUGGAGAUAGACCAUGCAAAGUUUCCAGACCUGAAAAGAGCGGCACAGUCUGCCAAAGAGAGGCUGGACAAACAGAACUUUGGCUACAUUCCCGGGCUGAUGGACUCGGUGGAAACAGGCGUUCUAAAGAACUUUGCACCUCUAGACAAACUCUACACUGUGCACAGCCUGUACACUGCAAGGGACAAAGAGACUGAUGCGCUGCUCGUGGACCACGGAGUGCAGCUCAUUCAGGAAAAAUACGAUGAAGUCAGAGACAUCCUUAAGAAGAUCGAAGAAGUGGAAGAUGUCAAUGAUAGAGCCCAACAAGAGUCUAUCGCCGCCCAGCUGAAUGAGCUGUAUCCCUCUGAAGAAGACCUGAGAGCAGUCGUUUCUACCCUCGAGAACAUAGAAAAGAUCGAGUUUGAGAGGAACAUGCUGACUCACAUGGUCUGCGCAGUGGAGUAUAUGGCACACAACACCGACCUCCUGGGCGGAGCAGACGAGCCCAAGGUUCUGAAGAUAAAAAGAAACUUGGGGAAGUUCAACAGAGACCAUAUAUCCGGAGAGGGCAAGCUGGAGAAAAAAGUGACUGAGAACAUGGCUAUGCUGGAGAACAAGAGGCAAGCCCUGGAAGACGAACAGACGAAGUGCAGUGGAACAGGCCCGCAAGAAGAGAGUGGAGAGCGCUCUCUGGAGGAGAUAAACAAUGACAUGAUAGAGCUCGGCUGGAGCUCAAGAAAAGAAAGCCUGCAGUUCAGCAAUGUCCGCAGAUUCCUCAACGACCUUCAAUCUUUGUACUUCAUCAUCCCAGUCCAGCAGGAGUACAUAUUUAGAAGGCUAGAAGAAUCACUGGAAGCACAGAACAUAAAGAUGGAAAUGGUGUUUGAAAAAGAAGAGCCGUGGUAA